CCCUGUCUCUCGUGCCAGCAGCACAUAAAAUUACCCUACCACACAGUUGGCGAAAAGAUAAAAAAAGCAUUGCAGUAACUAAGCCGGUGAACUUUUACGUCAGAUAAACUAUUGCCUUAAAAUUCAACUACUAAUCCCCACACAUUUAUAUCAACAACAUAAAUACAUUUAUUAGAAAAUUAAAAUCGUAAAAUUUAAUUCUUCUGUUAAAAGAACAUUUUAUUUUAUUUUUGUGAAUUUUAAUGUUGUCUGGAUGUUUUCCAAGCCUGGAUCGUGAUUGCCUUUGGAAUAUUAUUUUGGUGUCGUGAUGUGGAUUAUGUGAAUAUAUCGUCAUGUCAGUGCAUUAUGAAGUAUCGUUUUUGUUCAUCAUCUUUUUAGGGGUGCUAACAUGCAAAGGCGUAGAGUGCACCAGUUCACAGAACUUACACAACCUUCUAAGGCAUCCUCACUAUGCGGAAAAACAUCAACACUCGUUACAAUCUCAUUUACAGCACUCCACUUCCUAUCCACCUAUGAAGAGCUACGACGGCAGGCCUUCGUUCUCUCCCAUCUAUUCCGGGGCCCCUACGUCCCCCAGAACCAGCGACUCAUCCUUGGCCCCCUGGAACCGAGUGACCUCUAAGGACUACUACAAGAUGAACGGAUAUUCACUGAAGAGCACUUCAGCCACCAAAAGUGCUCUUGAGCCAUCCGCAAUACCGCAAGAAUUGCAAGAAGUCCGUGAGGCCAACGAACACUUCGUGCGCAUGCGUUCAGGAGCUCGUUGUGGUGUACCUCGCAGCCAGGUAGUGUGUGUAAGAGACCUGUACCCAGACAAAGAGUUCUUGCCUCGUUGUACCCUCCUCCACAGGUGCACGGAGACUUCUGGAUGUUGUGAAGAUGAUACAAUGCAGUGUGCACCCAAAGCUAUGCAAGAGGUGGUUCUGCAUUUCUAUGUUCUAGGCAAUGAUCAUCGUUCGUCGGAUGUGGAGAAAUUGCUAUUUGUUAAUCAUACGGAAUGUGAAUGCCAGCCGAAACGGAGCCUGGAAAUGUCAACAACCACUGCUUCCACGAUAGCCACUGAAGAAACGCCCAAAGAGGUGGUUGACCAAUAUCCACAAGGCGAUCAAAAAUAUGCAAAGUGCAGGUCGUGUCCCUCCCCUUUUUGCAUCCGAGAACUUGAAGAUGGAAGAUGUAGUUGCGAUUGCUUCGACCGUCAUAGGCCCUGCAUUAGGAUAAAGCGAGGAAGAGAUGCCUUGCCAGAUGCCGAAAGAAGAUGCGUUCUCGCAGGCAAAUGCAAUGUACCCGACUGUGACUACGGAAUCUACGACCCUGAAAAUGGACGUUGCCCUCGAAGACCUGAUCAUGAAACAUUUAAAGGCAUGGAACAUGGCCGAAGACCUCUCCCAAACAGCAAAAAUCCCAAUCACAGGUGGUUAUACUUCGAGCGAGAUUAAAAGUCACAACAUCUAUUGUAUAUUGUAUUAGGUACAAAUUAGACUUCUUGGCGUAUUCGAGCCAAUACAGAGAAGAAUGGAACUUUCUCAGAAUUAGAGCUUUUAUAUUUUUGUUUAGAAUGAAAUCUAGGACAGGUCUUCAGUUCCUGUUGCCAUCGAGAAAGAGCUUUUUUUUCGCUAAAACGUGUACAUAUUAUAUUUCUGCGAACCGAUGAAGUCUGCAUUUUUUUUUAUUUGUAUUACUUUACAACUACCAAACGUGCAGUUUUUGAGAAUAUACUUUGAACAGAUUCAAAGAAUUCAAAGAGAUUUGGUGCUAGCUCUAAUAUAUUCUUAUUUAUUUACUAGAGUUUUGUGCCUUUUUCUGUCUUCAAACGAAGAACUGAUUUAAAGAAAAGACAGUUUUAGAUAUAUAAAUCAAGAUAGAAGUUUCUGUACAUUUCUUUUUAGUGUUCAAAUAAGUUUGAUCAUAGACACGUUUUUGUAUUUGUUUAUGCUUAUACGUUUUUGUUUAGCAAAGUAUUCAACGAAAUACUAUGUUAAUAUUUUCUGAUAGAAUAUGUGUUUAUAUAAUCAUAUAUCAUCAUUACGUGAAAUUUUGUUUGAAUGAAAGUCUCAGUUAUUUUCCAUUUAUUUUCCAGUGAAUUUGUUUAUCUUCAGUUGUAUUGUAGAAUUUUGUCUCAAAUUUAUUUCAUUUUCUUAUUUUAGAUAGAAUAUUUACAUUAAUAAAAUGGAUAAUAAAUAAUAGAUCAUAUAGCAUGAAUUUAAGAAUUAUAAAAACAGCAAAUUGUUAAUUAUUAUGAAAGUCAAUUUAUGUAUAAAUGUGUUUAUGCAGUGCUUUAAAAAUGUUAAUUAGGUUGUUCAAUGCUUUUCUAGAAUUAAGAGAUUUUGGAAUGAAAAGAGAAUGAUAGAAUAAUAAUGUAAGUAUUUCUUAAUAAAUAAUCAUGUUAUUUUUUUCCUAAGCUUAUCUGUAAAAUAUUUGUGUUAUAAAAGAAUGUAUAAUGAAUGAUAUUAUCUUGAUGUUUUCAUCAAUUAUAUUUUUUUUAAUUUAUUUUCACCAAAUAAAUUUAAUAAAUGAUUUAUAAUUCAGAUCUUAAGUUAAAGACUUCUGAAAAUUCUUUAAAAAAUUUUCAUGAAAACUACUGAAUUUUUUUAAGAAUUUUUGCAUCAAAAUUAUUCUAAUUUUUCAUGUUUUUACAAAUUGGAUAUGAGGCAUAUUAGAAGAAUUAACACAAAAAGAAAUGUUUUAAUGCCUCAUUCUUUUUCUUUGAAAAAAACUUUAUUUUAUGUUGUGGCUUGUAAGUAAAAUUCAGUUUAUAUCAUUGCUGGAUAUGAAGCUAUAUAUGUUCUGCAUUGUUAUAUUUUUGUCGACGAUAGAGCUGUCAUCUCUAGAUAUGUGUUGCUAGAACUUUUCUACAUCUACAUUCUACGGUCAUUCGCCGCCUCACUGCCAGAUCUCAGGAGAGAACAAUUCUGAAGAAACUUUUUUUUCCAAGCGACUGCCAUGACUAAAAAGUAGCUUUUCUGUCUGUAAUGUGAAUACUCAUGUAAUUAAUAAUAUCUUUUUUGUUUUAAAAUAAAAUAGAAAUUGCUUUUUAA